AUGGCGCAAUUGCGAGGACCUUCGCAGAGCUACGGCCUCGGCGCCGGCAAUCCCUUCGCUGGGCAGAAUGACGAUCGCACAGAGUCCAGCCCCCUCGACACGAUCCGGGAGCAGACGAGCAAGAUUGAGGACAUGCUGGACACUGUCAGCGAACCCAUCAAGCCCUAUCUUCCGGCUAUUGGCCGCUUCCUCAUUGUCGUGACAUUCCUCGAGGAUGCCCUCAGAAUAAUAACACAAUGGAGCGACCAGCUCACCUAUCUGCACGAUUACCGCCACAUCCCCAGCGGCCUCACGCACCUCUUCCUCAUCGUCAACGUCAUUGCCAUGGCCACCUGCUCCACGCUCGUCAUCAUCCGCAAACACUCCGAGUACGCCGUCGGCGGCCUGAUCGGCGUCGUCAUCACCCAGGCCCUCGGCUACGGCCUCAUCUUCGACCUCAACUUCUUCCUCCGCAACCUGUCCGUCAUGGGCGGGCUCCUCAUGGUCCUGUCCGACUCCUGGGUGCGCAAGACCAAGGCCUUCGCCGGCCUGCCGCAGCUCGAGGAGAAGGACCGCAAGAUGUACUUCCAGCUGGCCGGCCGCGUCCUGCUCAUCUUCCUCUUCAUCGGCUUCGUCUUCAGCGGCUCGUGGUCCAUCUGGAGGGUCAUCGUCUCCAUUCUGGGCUUCAUCGCCUGCGUCAUGGUCGUGGUGGGCUUCAAGGCCAAGUUCAGCGCUAUUCUGCUGGUUGUCAUCCUGAGCAUCUUCAACAUCCUGGUGAACAACUUCUGGACUCUCCACGAGCACCACCCCCACAAGGACUUCGCCAAGUACGACUUCUUCCAGAUCCUCUCCAUUGUCGGUGGCCUCCUGCUGCUCGUUAACAGCGGCCCCGGCCAGUUCAGCAUCGACGAGAAGAAGAAGGUUUACUAG